GUCAUUUUUGAUCUAUAGAUUUUACAAAACGCUAAAUUUUCAUAGAUUGUUUAUGUCCUAAUUUUGGUGCAUUUUGUUUUCACAUACUUGAAGAUUAUCCAUUUAUUAUUUUAAGAUAUAUCUAAACACGUAGGUAUACCUCAUUUUUCAUUUGAUAAAAAUGACAACUAUGCUAAGCGGCACCAAGGGGCAGCAUCAGCAAUGACGAUGUCGCUAUUAAAACAUUGUCAAAGUUAUUUAGCUUGACAAUGUCUGGUGAGCCUGAAGUUGCGCGUACUCCCGAGGAAGGUGAUGAGACUGAAGAAGAAGAAAUCAAAUCAUCAUAUAAACCACCACCGGAAAAGACUAUUGAGGAGAUCCUAGCUGCGGACCAAGAAGAUGAGUCAUUACGAAAGUAUAAGGAAGCACUCCUUGGACAAGCCCAGAGUGGGCUAGUAAUAGUGGAACCUAAUGACCCACGUAAGGUGAUAGUGAAGAAAUUAGCCCUUUGCGUGGCAGAGAGAGAUGAUUUAGAACUGGACCUCUCAGGAGAUCUCACUGACCUUAAGAAACAGGUGUUCGUAAUUAAGGAGGGAGUGCAGUACAGGAUAAGAAUCGACUUCAUCGUGCAACGUGAGAUAGUGCACGGGCUCAAAUACGUGCAGAAGACGUACCGCCUUGGAGUACCAGUGGACAAGAUGACUCACAUGGUCGGUUCGUAUCCGCCCAAAAACGAGAUUCAGUCUUACACCACGCCGCCAGAGGACGCCCCCUCCGGCCUGAUGGCGCGCGGCGCGUACACAGUGAACAGUCUGUUCACCGACGACGAUAAGAAUGUCCAUCUACAGUGGGAGUGGUGCUUCGAGAUCAAGAAGGACUGGAAGGAUUAGGUCGUAGAUUGGAUGAGAACGGUGCCAUAAUACUGCCAAUUUGACAUCUGAAUGGCAUUCCCGAUUGUGAGUAUUGAAUGGUUUUUUUUUCGGAUGGCAACACUGGUGAUGUAUGUUCCCACUGUUUCUUGUAAAGUUGAACCGGUCAAUAAUAUUGACGGUUAUUUUUUUAUAUUUGUGAUAUAAAUUAACGUGGAAAAGUGUAAAAAUUGAUGUCGUGGUCACCUUAUUUUUUAUUUUAAAAACCUCAGGUACAUGAGAUGGUAACAUUAAUAAAGAAAUCUAAUUUCUUAUUCUAACACUAAGGUUAUCUUAGUGACAGAAAGUAAACUCAAAAAAUUAUAUUCCCACUUUGGAAGUAUGUAAACAAUUUUUUGGAACUAUAGGUAUAUUAAAAUGUAAAUACUCUGUGGCAGAGAAAUAUUGUCGAUAAGAAAUAGUGGGAAUAUUUUCACGAAAAACUUAAGUCCCAAUACUCCUAUGAGAAGAAUCUAAUGUGAAUAGUGGAAAUGUCCGGUUUUGGUUACGACUUCCGUGCUUCAGCGGUUAUCUUGAAUGUACAGUUUUUCUUUUCGCCUCUUCCAAUUUUGGACUGCAAUUUAAAGAUUUUUAUUGGUAGUAGAUUUUGUUUUGCUUCUACUUGUUUCCUUUGUAAACUGUUUUAUGUCUAUCCUUUUCUAUAUAUAGAGAUUAAAUGCCAUAAAAGCUAAAAAGUUUUUAUGGCAGACCAUUAUCUCUGUACCUUAUAAUAUACGGUUUUGGCACGAUAAUAUUUUCAUCUGCUCUAUUGGUUUAUGGAAAAGAUUAUAUUCAAAAAUUCUAUCUGAUAAGUCAUUGUAAAAAUUCUGGUGCAUUUAAAAUAGUCAUAGUUAAUGUAAAAUAAAAAUAAUUUUAAGUUUGAUGAAAAUGUUUAACCGAAUUUACUUUUUUUUUUAUUAUUUUAUUCCGAUUCCAUGACAGUUGCUACAUAUCAAUGGUUUUAAUACCGAUAAAUCUUUACCAACACAUUUAUAACAUCCUGCUGAUAUAAUUGACGACCCUAUAUUGAAAAAACAAAUAGCUGUAUAGAAAAGACAACUUUAUUAUAAUAGAUUCACAGUUGAUUAUUGCUAAAUUAAUUAUUUUUAUAAGAGUAUCAAAAUCUAAUUUGUGUUUCAACAAAAUUAUUUUACUACGGUUCUAUUGUCAUACAGUGGCCGUCUGAAGAGUGCAAGGCUUUACAAUUAUGAGUAUAAAAAUGUAUUUAGGCACCACAUACAUUUACUAUAAAACCUUUAGCGCUAUAAAAGUUCAGCGAAGCGAAUGACAAUAAUUAAGUGGCUCAAUACCACUGUCUUCGUAGAGUAAAAUUAAAGCAGUUUCUUUACGCUUUUCUAUAGUGUUAUCAAACUAUCAAUUAACAGAACUAAGUUUAUGAAAUUAUAAUUUACUUAUGAGAAUUUUGCUCCAAUUGUUUGAAAUCAUUUUUCGUUUCAUUGUGGGAUUCUAUUAAGUACAUUUUUUUUAAAUAUGCAUAAUUUGGUUAAUGUGUAUUGUUUUUUUAAAUGAAAAAUGCUUAAAAAAUGUUAUAAGUAUAGCGUUGUGAAUGCAAAAUUAAAUUGUUUCUUUCUUAAAAUAGUGAUUUAUCAUUAUAAUUAUAAUUGACCUUUGCUUCGCUGAAAAUUUAUUAAAAAUAGUUGUUAGUUUGGUUGAGAGGAUUCUAUACAAUUUAUAUAAUAAGUCACAUGAAAUCAAUAUAGCGUUUAUAAAGUAAAGUAUUUACAAUGAUAAUAAAUAUUUUAAAUACGUUUUGUAUUCGCCUGUACCGAUAUUGUUUAUGCACUAGUUGUAUACAAUAAAGUAUCUGAAUGUAAAUAAUCACAUUUUGUAAGUCGGUAAUAUAUCGUUUGGUUUGCGAGAGUGAAAUUUGCUAUUUUAUUUUUUCUAAGUAAAAAUAAAGUAUCUAUUUGAUUUUCGUAUGAAUAUUAAUUCAUAAUAACAUAAUUUUGUUUAUUACUGUGCAAUAUUCCAUAGUGAGACUAAUUUAAUUAUGUAACAUUAUUUUAAAUUACCUAUGGAAACAAUAAACUUAUUGAGUAUUGAGUAUAUACGAUACUCAAAGUUUUAUUUUCGAAUCUUUAUUAAAAAACCCUCCUUUUAAAUUUAUAGUUGAAUUUUUUUUUUUGUAUUUAUAAGGUUGAAUAUUCUGCAAAAUACACCUUAUGUUCUUCAGUAUAAAGUUUAAAAUGGUUACUCUCGAGAAUCGAACGACAUAACAUCUUUAUUGUCAAUAUAAUUGGUAUGAUCUAUAAUCGAGCUGACACCGGCAUUCCUAUAUGGCAUUUGACGCUUACGUUUGAAAUCAAUUUCAAUACUUCGCUUAAGGGAAGCGUAUUUUUUAAAAAACAAAGAACAAUGUAAGUACCAAAUUUAGUAUUAAAACUAUAUAAGGAUAUAGUAGCACCAAAUGAAAGAUAAAAAAAUCUAUUUUUAAUAAAUUCACAUAUUGCUUCUAUGGAUGUGUCGAUGUGACAAAACUUGGCAAUAAUGUUGAAAGUAUUAUGUGUCUUGAUGUUCCCUUUAGGAGGCGUAAGCGAUUGAGUAUGUAGACUCAGUUGGAAUACUCAGUUUGCUAGAACAUUAGAUAUUUAAUAGAGUGAAGCAGAAAAUAGGUAAUUACAAAAUUUAGUCGGUAACCACGACAAGACUAUUCACAGUGUCAUUGGCAAUAUGAGCUUUAUGAUGUGCUUGAUAUUUGAAAUAAUUUUUAAUGGACGAACCAGUUUCACACAUGGUUAUUUUUAUUAUCCAUCCCAAUAAAUGUGUAAACGUAUAGUACGUAUGUUAUGCAGAGAUCGGAAUUAGGUAUUUAUGUACUUGCAUCGAAAUGUUGAUAUUAAUGUGGACCUUCCCGGGAUUUCUUCAUUUCUUUCUUUCAUUGAUGUAAGUUUGGCAACGUCGUGCGUGCAGUAGUUUAAAUUGUGUAAAAGUAAAUAACGUUUUAUUUAAAAAAUUACGGGUUUUUUUCUGCUCUUUAAAAUUAAUUUCGGGAUUUGAGGCAUAUCCACUUUAUUCUUUCGCUGUAUGAAAUCAAUGUAAGUACAUGAAUAACUCUACCUAAUUCCGACCACUGGUUAUGACUUCGUUUAUAUACAAGUAUAUGUUCGUAUGCGUCUUGUCACGGUAAACGAGAGUAACUUCUCAAAAUAGUCGUGUAAUACGAUGUCAAUAUGGAUAGUCAAAUGAGUGAUGUAGUUGAACUCUUUAAAGUAUCAAAUUUUCUAGCAAAUGAACACGGAUCAAAAGAAAAUGGCAUUUAAAAAAGAUUUAGCUUGGGCGGGAAAGGGAGGGAAGGUGCUUCAGUGUACACCACUGGUGCUCUUCUUGUUAAUAUUAUAAUUAUAAUCUAAGGCUUCCCUUUUAUAAAAUUAUUAGAAUAGUGCCCAAUACUUUGAAUAAUUAAAUCCUACAGUAUUCCUCACGAAUAUUGGGUAUAAUAUUUGUAAUAUCGGGACUAGUUUAGUAUGUAUUCAUUCGUGCUCUAUUUUAUGUGAAUUUUUUUAUUUUUAUUUGUUAAUUAAAUGCAGCAAUCGAUUUUUAUUAUAACUCAAUACACGUGUAAACUUUAUUUGUAAUAGUUUGGCCAAAAAUAAAGCUUAUUUAUUCAAUUUUUCUAUAUUAUUUGUUACCUCCUAUUAGCGAUCUACUAACAUGCCUUCGCUAUUUGUUUGUAUAAAUAUCGAUUUAGAUUACUAAAAGUAAAAAACAACAAAUAUGGCUUACCGACAUUUUUAUUAUACUACUUUAAAGUUAUCAACACAAGACUGAAUAUAUAUUUUUUUUAUCAUAAGUUGCGUCAUCGUAUUCUGGUUUCGGUAUGUAUACUGGAUUUCAACGCGCUGUUUUAGUUGGAUUUUACUGAUGCGUUUAAAAUUGUCAUAGAUUACUUUGAAGGCGGCUGUUAUCACUCCAAAUAAAUGUUUAAUGGUUCUUUAAUACCAUUUUAUUAUGUCUAGUUUGCACUUUUUAUAAAUUAACCCAUGAUCUCUUCUAAGUUGACAUCAUACACUCUGCUGGGGUUACGUUUUUUAGAGAUUACAUCGGCUUUCUUGAGGGCUAUGGUGACGCGUUUGUCCGUCUGGUGCGUGGGACAGAACGCUGUCAGCCUGGUAGGCACGUAGUUGCUGUGGAGAAGCAUCAGCGGCAUUGCUAUCGCCAUGCAGCCAGAAUCUGAAGCAGUUACAAAUUAAAAUUCAAUAUAAUUUAUUAGCAAUAUAAUUAAGUAGCUCGGUGGCGUAGUGGAUAAGCGCCGCGGCCCGCGAUCGUAGUCGUUAAGCAACUUUCGCAAGGGUCGGUCACGGGAUGGGUGACCAAAAAUUAUUGUCUCGAGUUACUUCGUUCUUCGGAAGGCACGUUAAGCCGUUGGUCCCGGCUGCAUUUGCAGUCGUUAAUAUCCUCCAAACCGCAUUGGGCCAGCGUGGAGGGUCAUGGCCCAUCCUCCUUAACCAUCCAUAAGGAAGGCCUGAGCCCCUGCAGUGGGGACGUAAAAGGGCUGGUGAUAUAUAUAAUUUAUUCAGUCUAGGCUGUUACAAGCACCUGUGUAUGUCGAAAACUACGCCAUAGGUUCGCAAAUCUGCGGCGGGAGACCUUGCACUGAGAACAAGCGCCAAGAAAGUCAACAAGGGAUCCUUUUUUUCUCCCUUUUUUAUUUCAUACAGAGCAGUCUUAUUGGAAUUCAACAAGACUUUCUUAAAAAGUUUUGUUUGAAAAAGUCUUCAGUGAGUCUUUUUUAAUCUUUAAUGGUUGGCCGUUGCCUAUUUAAGAUGUGGCCUGAGAUGGUAUAUGCCUUCACAAAAAGCGCUAAUUCAUUAUGACUUUGAAGUCUGGUUGUAUUUAUUUUGAUUGGUUGUAUCGAUUAGUAUGAAACACAUGGGAAGAUAGCAUAUACCAUUAAACUGGCCAAACGCUAAGUGUGAGCGGCCGCUCACACUAUGAUUACUGAAGUAUCAAAACGAGACUGAAAGUUUUGCCAUGAAGAUGUAUCUACUGUCAGAUUGCUUAAUAUAAGUUUUUUUUUGAUUUUCGAUCGUGAGAUCGUUAAUAUUCUAGUAUGGAAACCGG